CGGCGGCCCAGGCGCGGAGGGGGAGACGGUCCCAAGAUGGCGGCGCUGCAGGCGGAGCGCGGGUACGGGCUGUCCUGCGGCCGCCUCGGCCGCGGCACCCGCGUCUCCGUCUUCCACGUCAAGCUCACGGAGAGCGCCCUACGCGCCUUCGAGAGCUACCAGGCCUGUAAGGAUGCUGUGACGUCAAAACCAGUCAUCCAGUUUCAAGGAAGCCAAGGGCACAUCGCCAUCCCGAGGCCCGAUCGACCGGCAGAAGUGAGGACCUUCACCUUUUAUCUCUCCAAUAUUGGCAAGGACAGCCCUCAGGGGAGCUUUGACUGCAUCCAGCAGUAUGUGGCCAGCAAUGGCAAUAUCCAUUUGGAUUGCCUGGGAAGCAUACAGGAUAAAAUCACCGUGUGUGCUACUGAUGAUUCCUACCAGAAGGCGAGGCAGAGCAUGGCACAGGCAGAGGAGGAGACUCGCAGCCGGAGCGCCAUAGUCAUUAAACCUGGGGGGAGAUAUGUAGGCAAAAAGGUUCAGGUGCGUAAACCUGCACCAGGAGCUUCCGAUGCUGUUCCCUCCAGGAAGCGCCCAACGCCAGUCAACCUUGCCAGUGCAAUAAAGAGAGGCAAUAGUGCGAUUUCCCAGAGACCCUUCAAAGAUAGGGUUGUGCACUUACUGGCACUAAAGCCUUAUAAGAAACCUGAACUUAUUCUCAGAUUGCAGAAGGAUGGACUUUCUCAGCAGGACAAGGAUUUGCUGGAUAACCUUCUGCAACAGGUGGCAAAUCUGAGUGCCAAGGACAGCACUUUCACACUGAAAGAUUGUGUAUACAAAGAGGUGCAGAAGGACUGGCCUGGCUACUCAGAAGGAGAUCAGCAAUUGUUGAAGAGGAUCCUCGUUAGGAAGCUGUGCCAGCCCCAGAACAGCGGCGCUUUCCAGGGAGAAGCUCCUUCCCUGAGCCCUCCAAAGGACACCCUCAACUCCAGCUCUCCCCCCCAGAAACGACCCUUACCUGUGGAGUUCAUCGACCCCCUGGCCAACAAAAAGCCCAGGAUCUCCCAUUUGGCUCACAGAACCCAACCCACUCUCAACGGGAAGCUGAAUUCCUCCAACGGGAAGGACAGCCUGGCCCCCCCUGCCCCUGCCCUGCCCCCGGCCCUGCCCGAGCCGGUGAGCUCCAGCUCCUCCCUCCCGGCCCUGGAGCUGCCCAGGCCCCACGAUCCCCUCUCGGAUGUCAGCAACGACCUGACUCACAACGGCAGAGACUGUGAGAGCAGCACGGAGCCUCCCGAGAGACUGAGUCACCCCCUGCCCACAGACUGUGCCCAGAGCAGCAAACACAACUGCGGCUCCUACGUCAAAUCCAAGAAAAAAUCCAAAAAGCACAAAGACAAGGAGAAGGAGAGGAAGGAGAAGAAGAGCGAGGAGAAGUGCAAAGAGGAGAAGCAGAACUGUGAAGUAAUAAAAAAUGCUGACUUAGUUAGUGUUGCCCAGGAGCAGGUCCCAGGUUUAAAUGGAACAUGCAAUAAUUCUAGUGUACCAACAUCAACUUCAGAAAUGCCAGAUUAUUUAUUAAAAUACGCAGCCAUUUCCUCCUCGGAGCAGCGUCAGAGCUACAAGAACGACUUCAACGCGGAGUACAACGAGUACCGGGACUUGCACGCCCGGAUAGAGCGGAUAACCCGACGGUUCACCCAGCUGGAUGCCAAGCUGAAGCAGCUUCUGCAGGGCUCGGAGGAAUACAAGACCAUCCACGAUCAAAUUUUACAGGAAUAUCGGAAAAUUAAAAAGACAAACCCCAACUACAGCCAAGAGAAGAACCGCUGCGAAUACCUCCACAACAAACUGGCCCACAUCAAAAAACUGAUAGCAGAGUAUGACCAGCAGCAGUUUUAGCUGCCACUCACCCCUGGACUGGGUAGGGCAAACCAAAAUCCAGUCAGCCUGGACGUUACGUUCCCUUUUGUAGACCCAAAAUCCCUUUCAGAGACGAGCAUUAAUUCCUCGCGGUUGAAGAACUUGGGGAUGACUUUAAGAUGCCAGAUCUGUCAUGUCCACAUCCAGCACGCUCCUCCCGAGUUUUUAAGCCUCUCUGAAUGUUGGAAUGUAACAAAUGGAUAACAAAAACAAACAAAAAACAAACAAACAAAAAAAAAAUUCUGCUUAUUUGAAGCCAGCGUUUGACACUUAAGGGAAAACUUGCCUAAAGUGACCGAAGCUCCCAAAGGUUAAGAAUCUGUAGUUUUCAUGGAUUAAAAGUUUGGCAUGAAGUUGUAAUUCCCCAGCUCCACGUGGGUUACAAAUUGUCCUACAAAUGGUGAGGAACUGGAAUUGCUGCUAGGACUGUUUGGAAUGAGAGCUGUCUGCUCCCGGCUCCGCGGAAAUACACCACGUUCCCUGA